CCCCACCCACCCAUUAGCAGUCAAACUCAACCCCUGGGCCUGACGGUUUAUUAAUAAGCCCUCUACAACAAACCGGAUUUUCUCUUAUUGCUGUAAAGUUUGUCUUAAGGGACAUAACAAUGUGGAGCGUUCAAAACCUGCUGCUCUUCCUGUGCACAACUCUGAAUUGGAUGAGAAGUUCUGAAGGUUUGAUUCAUGUGUUUGGAUACGAGGGCAGAGAUGUGAGGGUUUACUGCCCGUACAGUCAAGGAUAUGAAACUCAUCAGAAGUACCUGUGUAAGAAUCGCUGUGGUUACUGGGAUUACCUCAUUACAUCAUCGGAAAAAAAUAAAACCAAAUACUCCAUUUAUGAUGACGAAAGAACAAAGGUCUUCACAGUGAUAAUCUCUGAUGUUCGUGUUGAUGAUGCUGGGAAAUACUGGUGUGGAGUGACCAUACUGGGUAAAGAUCUCUACACUGAAGUGAAGCUGGAAGUACAACCAGUGUAUCAGCACCAGAGCAGCACAGUGAGAACUAUCAUUGCUGCUACAUCACCAGUCUCUGAAGACCUAACAAAAGCAGCUCCAAGUUGGGUGAGCAGUGCUGCAGGUUUAAUCCAUGUGUUUGGAUACGAGGGCAGAGAUGUGAGGAUUUCCUGCCCUUACAGUCAAGGAUAUGAGGAUCAUGUGAAGUACCUGUGUAAGAACCGCUGUGGUUACAGUGAUUAUCUUAUUAAAUCAUCGGAGAAAAAUAAAACCAAAUACUCCAUUUAUGAUGACGAAAGAACAAGAGUCUUCACGGUGAUCAUCUCUGAGCUGCGUUUUGAUGAUGCUGGGAAAUAUUGGUGUGGAGUGACCAUACUGGGUAGAGAUCUCUACACUGAAGUGAAGCUGGAAGUACGACCAGAAAAAGAAGAGCAUAAUGCAGGCAGAGAAAAAAAGCUUGAGGAUCUGCCAGCACAUAGCACAACAGCAGUGUAUCAGCACCAGAACAGCACAAUGAGAACUAUCAUUGCUGCUACAUCACCAGUCUCUGAAGAACUGACUGAAGUGUAUGAGCCUCAGAGCACCGUAGGGAAAACUAUCAUUACUACUGCACCACCGGUCUCUGAGGAACUGAGUGAAGCAGCUCCGAGUUGGGUGAGCAGUGUUGAAGGUUUGAUCCAUGUGUUUGGAUACGAGGGCAGAGAUGUGAGGAUUUCCUGCCCGUAUGAUCGAGGAUUUGAGGAUCAUGAGAAGUACCUGUGCAACAAUGACUGUGGUUACAGUGAUGUUCUUGUUAGAACAACACAAAAAACCAAAACCAGAUAUUUUAUCCAUGAUGACAAAACAAGAAGAGUCUUCACAGUGACCAUCUCUGAUCUUCAUCUUAAAGAUGCUGGGAAAUACUUGUGUGGAGUGACCAGAUUGGGUAAAGAUCCCUUCACUGAAGUGAAGCUGGAAUUAAAACCAGACAGAUGCUGCAACACAGUGAAUAAAAUCCACGGUGAUGAGGAGGGCUCAGUGUCCAUCAGCUGUCCCUAUGAGCCCCAGUGUCAAAACAACUUCAAGUUCUUCUGCAGAGGAAAUCAUCCCUCCACAUGUCUACAGCAGGCAGUAAUCACCUCUAAAAACAGACAAAGGGGACGAUUCAGACUCAUGGAUGACAGGAAGUCAAGAAAAUUCGUGGUGACCAUUUCCAAUCUUACCCUGAACGAUUCUGGGUUGUAUCUUUGUGGCGUCCAAAGAAAUUCAAGUCUGGAUGUUUUCUCUGCUGUUCAGCUAGAGGUCAAAGAGCGGUGUUGUGUGAAAACAAUAAAUAUCAGAGGAGUUGUGGGAAAGCCAGUAACUUUCCAGUGCCGUUAUCCUCCCCAACAUCAUAAUGGCACCAUGUUACUUUGCAAAGGAGACCUAGCCAACAACUGCAAAGACAUGAUGGAUCAAAGCAGGUUUACACUGACCAAUGCUUCUCCCAGCUCUUUGUCUGUGACCAUUACAAAGCUGGAAGCUGGAGAUGGUGGAACAUACUGGUGUCGCUCUGGUCCAGAGUCAAGUGUUGGAAACUACACCCACAUUUAUCUGUCAGUAGCAGAUGAAGCUCACCAUGCUCUUCUUGCUUUACCUGCUGUGCUGCUGCUGCUGGUAAUAAUUGUUCUGGUUUUGGUUUACAAGAAAAAAUAUCACAAAAAAUAAAAGGUGAGCUUUUACAUGGACUGAAUUUAUAUAGCGCUUUUCUGACUAUAUAAAGCGCUUUUCACUACAGCCACAUCCAUCCAAUCACACAUUCUUACAGCAAUACACAGAUCAGCAAGCAACAGGGUUAACUGCCUUGCCCAAGGGCACAUCGACAUGUGCAAGGCACUGUGUGAUAUGCGAUAAUGUUAAAGCUUUUAACAAGAAAAGGGUUGAAUAUCUAAACUUUAGUAUUAUGAAACUGCUGGGGUAAACAUUAGGACCCAUACAUAUCCUGACCAAUUUCAUGAGAGAAUGUUUCACUAUUUACACUUAAUCAAUGGAAUUGAUUAAGUGUAAAUAAUGUGUUACAACCAAAUGUAACACAUUAUGUUUUAAAGAGGUGAAGUACAAAGGGACAAGCAAGUAAUAAUAAAAAAAACUAGAUUGAAAUGAAAUAUAUAAGAAGAUCUAAUCAAAAGUGCAGCAAAACUGCAAAAAAAAAAACCCACCAACUUCUAUGCAGUUUAUGGAAAAUAAUAUGUAUACAUGCAUUUUAAACCCUACAGUCCCAAAAAUGCAUUUAUAAAUAAAAGUGCAGAAAACAGCUGUCUAUAGAGCGGUGUCAGUCAGAGCAGGCUCCAUACAAGGAGAAUAAUAAUGUAAUAAUAAAAAAAUAUCGUUAGUUUUUUUUUGUCUACACAGAAUAUGGAGAAUUUAAACAAUGAUCUUGCAUUAAGUGAAGGCAAACUCUUUGUAAAAAGAAUUCAAUGUAACAUAACUAUGUACAGAUAAAAGGGAAGCUACUAUUCCAAAGCAUGAGAAAGCAGCAAUAAAUCUGAUAUGCUUUACAGACUGAGGUUUUAUUUGGGGGGACUAAUUUUCUUGGAGUCUUGAAAUCCUCUGAAGGAUAUGAGGAUUAUUUUAUGCCUCUGUAACAGGUAUCUAAAAUGUUUUAGAUUGAAUAGAUAUUUGUUUGAUCAUGUAAAUUCACACGUUUUGUUCAAUAAAACUGUCUUUUUUGAUUCACAAAA